AAGGCCACCAGCUCUAAAAACUCUCCAAACUCCCGGCUACCCUCCACCCACCGGUGUUUGCCUAGGUGACCAGAGACCGACAGGAAAGAAGAGGCGUACCUCACGGGUUCAAAUCUGAGUCCCCCAAGAAAAGACCACUUCGGCAGGCAAAGCAACGAGCGAGCAAUACGAGUUUCCAGCAAUUCGCAUUUACCCGAGGAGCGCAACCAGACCGAGAAACCUACAAAUCUCUCUAUACCGAAAGUUCGGCAAGGAUCUGGGAGCUCAGCCAAUUGGUAAAAAGUCGGGAAGCCCUCCUGGAUUGCCCAGAGCACUCUGGAGGAGCCGGGCAUCGAUGCCCACGCGCAGGGGAUGGGGACCCGCGCCGAGGAGACUCCAUCUGUGGGAUUACCUCGGCAGAACUUCGGGGUUUUUUUCCUGCGGGGUCCCCUGAGAGAGGCAAUGAAUCUGAGGGGCAGUGCAGGGGGUGGGGGUUAACCGGGCGGUUUCCAUGGCACCCGGGGCGUGGGGGAGGAAUGCACCCCGCAAGCUGUGGCGAAACAACUGCGCAGCCUGACCAGCCCGGCUCGAGAAGGCGGGAGGGAAGGGGGGGCAGGAGGGUGGGGGAAGCCGGGCUGGACGGGGGUGGGGCGGUCACGUGCGCCCGAGGGGGCGGGGCCCCAAAGCCACCCCGGAGCGGAACCGUGUCCCACCUAGAGGCUCCGUGCCAGGCGCGAACUUUUCUCCACGACCGAGGGACUGAAUCAGGCCUGAACCCCUGGGGUGGACUGCAGGCCCCCGGAGCCAGGACUGGGCUGAGGUGUCUGCGGCCGCCUGGGGGGACAGCGGUCGGUGGCAAGAGACACCAAGGAAAAGUGGGAGCAAAAGCUUGGGGGGUGAGUGAAGGGAGCCCGGCUCACGGUUUUUACGCAGCCUCGGGUCUCCGUUUAUUCUGGGGUUGGGCCGGGGCAAGUGCCCUGCCAGCUCUAAGGGAGCAGCCGAGGCCACUGUCCCUUGAGACUGCCGGAGUCCUCAGCACCUGUCUCGGGCUCCAGGAGAGGCUGUGGUCAUGGUGAAUGAAGAUCCCAACCAACACGAGCAGGAUGGCAGCUCUGCGCAGGAGCCUGCCCUCUGGGCGGACGCCAGCGCCUCGGGCCACGCCAGCGUGUCCGCAGAGCCGAGCGUGUCUGCCCCCCCCAGCGUCUCCAUCCACCCCAGCGUCUCGACCCACCCCAGCAGUUCGGCCCACCCCUGCGUCGCGGCGCACCCAAGCGGUUCGGCCCACCCCAGUACCUUGGCCCAAGCCGGUGGCUUGGCCCACCCCAGUAGCUCAGGCCCUGAGGACCUUAGCGUGAUCAAGGUGAGCAAACGCCGCUGGGUGGUGGUCCUGCUGUUCAGCGGCUACUCCAUGUGCAACGCCUUCCAGUGGAUCCAGUAUGGCUCCAUCAAUAACAUCUUCAUGAAGUUCUACGGGGUCAGCGCCUUUGCCAUCGACUGGCUGUCCAUGUGUUACAUGCUCACCUACAUCCCUCUGCUCCUGCCCGUGGCCUGGCUGCUGGAGAAAUUCGGCCUGCGCACCAUCGCCCUCACCGGCUCUGCUCUCAACUGCCUGGGGGCCUGGGUGAAGUUGGGGAGCCUGAAGCCACAUCUCUUCCCGGUCACCGUCCUGGGCCAGGUUGUCUGCUCGGUGGCCCAGGUCUUCAUCCUGGGCAUGCCCUCCCGCAUUGCUUCGGUCUGGUUCGGGGCUAACGAGGUGUCAACGGCCUGCUCCGUAGCUGUCUUUGGCAAUCAGGUGGGUCGAGCUGUUUGGAGGAAUGGGCGUCAUUGUCUUG